ACUUCCACAUGUGAACGUACGUGUGUCACUUUGUUUGGCUAUCAUAAGAGAAGAUGGACCAUAUUGAAAGUUAUCUUGUAAUGGCGACCUUUGAGGAGACCACGUGGAGGACCGAUAUAGCGACUUCUUUACAUGCGGCGUCCCCUCGUCUGAGUUCUGUUUAUUAAGCGCAAACACACGUCCUGGACAGAAAGGCAGCACACUUGAAGAUGAUAUUCUGUUAAUAACCUAUUCUCACCGCAAGUUCCAUGCACCCCGCCAUGGCCACAUGGGGUUCCUGCCCCACAAGCGUAGCAAGAAGCACCGGGGCAGGGUGCGCACAUGGCCCAAAGACAACCCCAGCCAACCCGUCCACCUCACCGCCUUUCUGGGAUAUAAGGCUGGCAUGACCCACACCCUGAGGGAGGUGCACCGCACUGGCCUCAAGCAAGCCAAACGAGAGGAGGUAGAGGCGGUCACCAUCAUUGAGACUCCUCCGGUUGUUGUGGUGGGUGUCGUGGGAUAUAUUAAGACCGUCCGUGGCUUGCGUCCCCUCAAAACCGUCUUCGCAGAGCAUCUCAGUGACGAGUGCAAGCGCAGAUUUUAUAAGAACUGGUACAAGAGCAAGAAGAAGGCCUUCACCAAGUACAGCAAGAAGUGGCAGGAUGAAACGGGGAAGAAACAGCUGGACAAGGACUUUGAAAGGAUGAAGAAAUACUGUUCAGCCAUUAGGGUUAUCGUCCACUCUCAGAUGCGACUGCUGCCCAUAAUUCAGAAAAAGGCUCACAUCAUGGAGGUGCAGCUAAAUGGAGGAAGCAUCUCUGACAAGGUGGACUGGGCAAAGGAGCACCUGGAGCAGGCCGUGCCUAUCUCCGCCGUCUUCUACCAGGAUGAGAUGAUCGACAUCAUUGGAGUCACCAGGGGUCACGGCUUUAAAGGUGUGACAAGCCGUUGGCACACGAAGAAGCUCCCCAGGAAGACUCACAAGGGUUUGAGGAAGGUGGCGUGUAUUGGAGCCUGGCAUCCGGCCCGCGUUGGGUACACCAUAGCCCGUGCUGGUCAGAAGGGCUAUCACCACCGCACUGAGCUCAACAAGAAGAUCUACCGCAUCGGUAAGGGAGUGCACAUCCAGGAUGGAAAGGUGAUCCGGAACAAUGCCUCCACUAACUACGACACCAGCCAGAAGACCAUCACGCCCAUGGGAGGCUUCCCACGCUAUGGCGAAGUGAAUAACGACUUUGUCAUGGUGAAGGGCUGCGUGAUAGGGGCUAAGAAACGCAUCCUCACCCUCAGAAAGUCUUUGCUCGUGCACACAUCUCGCAAGUCCAACGAGGCCAUCGAGCUCAAAUUCAUCGACACCACUUCCAAAUUCGGCCAUGGCCGCUUCCAGACUGCUCAGGAGAAGAGGGCGUUCAUGGGGCCGCUGAAGAAGGACGCCCUGAAAACGCUGCCGGAGCCUCAGACUGAAGAGGCCUGAAGAAGAUUCUCACACAUUCUUAAGUGUCAAUAUUCAAACAGUAAUAAAGAAUUGACAUAGA